UUCCUGUCUGGAAACCCGGUUGGCUAGUCAGCGUGUAAUAAUUCCCAUCAAAAUCCAGGUUUUCAUUUUGUUCACCAGCGUCAUGUACCGAUACCGGGUUCGUCGUCUCCUGUCUUUGUCAUCUCCAUAGUGUGCUGUAAUUAUUGCUUGACUUGGGGCUCAGGCUUCCUCCACGUCUCCUCCACAGUAAUAAUGCCCUCGCGUCAUAUGUUCGGCACCUACAACCAAGACUAAAUACCCGCCAUCGACUUCGACAGUCCUUCACAGACCGGGCUCGUCGAGACAAGUGACCCCGCUGGACGAGGAACAUACACCAGUACCUUACGUUAGCUUGCGUUUGGCAACGCCAUUGCAACCGCCCAAUUCAGCAUUCAAGUCUACUACAUGACCAUGUCGACCGAUGCCGCUCCUUCGAGCAUCACGACCCAGGCCAUAGUCUGGCCCCUGCCUAGGGUCACCAUCCAGUUCUGUACCCAGUGCAAGUGGCUUCUCCGAGCUGCCUAUUACGCCCAGGAGCUGCUGAGCACGUUCUCCACCUCGCUGGGGGAGGUCGCCCUGCAGCCUUCCACAGGCGGGACAUUUGUCGUCCAGAUAUAUCAUGGAACGGCGGAGGCGAAGACGCUAUGGGACAGAAGGACGGACGGGGGCUUUCCAGAGACCAAGGAGUUGAAGAGGAGAGUCAGAGACGUGAUUGAGCCUGACAGGAAUCUUGGACACGUGGACAGGGACUAUGGCAAGAAGGAUGAACAGGCCGUCAACGAGGAAAAGGACACAAGGAACGAGACGGCUGAACCGCAGGGCAACGAGCAGAAAUGUGAAGACUGCGCAACAUGACGGUAUAGGACAUGGUCAUGAGAAUUAGAUUCAGAUUUAGGGAGGUUUAAUUAGGCGUCUGGCAGAUGCAUACGCCGCUAGAGGACUCAAUGGUACCAUGUCAUGUUCUGCGUGGAGGAAAAAGAG